CACAAAAUACACGUCGUUGCCUGUUUAUUACAUCUUGAAAAAUGCCCAAAGAUACUGAGAAAGUCACCAAGCGCGCUGUCGUCAAGGCUGAUGAAAAGAAGAAGAGAACCAAGAAGGAUCCCUCUGCCCCCAAGCGUGGUUUGUCUGCAUACAUGUUUUUCUCUCAAGCUUCUCGUGCUCAAGUCAAGGAAGAUAACCCUGAUGCCACUUUUGGUCAAAUCGGUAAGCUCCUUGGUGAGAAGUGGAAGGGCAUGACUGAUGAAGAUAAGAAGCCUUUCCAUGAAAAGGCUGAAAAGGACAAGCAACGUUAUGAAGAUGAGAAGGCUGCUCUCAAGUAAAAUCACUCUCUUAAUUUUAUAUCCUCCCCACCUCUUUUUCAUGAUUUAAAAUAAUCCUCCCCCAAAAAAUU